UCUCGACGAUAACUGAUGAUAACGUUCAGUGAAAUGACGGCGACAGUCAUUUACUUUUUAUUAUGAAAAUAGCGAUAUUGCGCCUGAGAAGCAGACUGUGAUUGUUGUGUUGUGUUGCGUUGUAAUCCAAACAAAGCAUGGACGUGGAGUUUUUGAAAUACAAAUUUCGAGAUGGCUACAAUGGAGUUAUAACUAAAACGAAGUGGCGAGUGGGCGUGCGACACGUGCAGGUAACCUACAUGUUGUUGUGCGCGGCGGCGCUGGGCGCACUACGGGCCAGCGCCGGCGUCGCGCUGCUCGCCCUCACCGACACCUCGCGACGAAACGAUUCCUACGUUCAAAUGACGGCGGGGGGCGAGGGUGAGCGGGGCGCGGCGCUGUGGGCGUUCUUUAGCGGGUACGCGCUGGCUCUGCUGCCUGCCGAGCUGUAUCUGCCGCGUCUCGGGGACAAGUUCGUUAUCACCGCUGUGCUCCUUAUCAAUGGGAGCCUAACCGCUCUUAUGCCUACCAUUGUUAACAAGGGCAGCUGGACGGCGCUGUGCAACGCUUACUUUCUGAUGGGCAUGACGCAGCCCUGCAUAGCCCCCGUCAACCGCGCCCUGCUCGAUAACUGGCUCCCGCCUAUAGAGAGACAGACUGCUGCCUGUAUUAUAGAUACAGGUAGUUAUGUAGGCAUGAUAGUGGCCCUGCCGGCGUCGGGAUGGCUGAGCGGGUCAAGGCUAGGCUGGGAGUUGAUCGCCUACGCGCAGGCCACACUGGCGCUGUCACUGGCCGUACUGUGGGCGCUGCUCACGGCCGCUUCGCCCGAGCAGCACCACGCCUGCCCCGACGCCGAGAGGGAGUACAUAAAGGAGGCCUCAGCGGGAUACCGAAAAAAGAUGCAGCGUGUGCCAUGGCGCAGCAUGCUGCGCUGCCGGCGCGUGGCGGGGCUGGCGCUCGCUCACGCCGCCAACAACGCUCUGUUCGUCUUCUACUUAGUGGACGUACCGCUGUACCUCAAGUCAACAGGACUCUCGCUGCAACAGGUACUGUAUUGUGGAGUGCAAGCAAUGAUGCCGUUCAUAUGUUUACUAACGCUGUUCGCGACCACUGCCCCGACAUUACGUUGCUUGUUGAAGUCUAAUUUGAUGGCUCACCUGUUCAAUGUUACAUAUACAAAGAUCGUGGUCAAUGUGCUUGGAAGUGUACCGAUCGUGGCGGGAUUAGCGAUGUCACCUAACAUGCCGGAGCAAUGGAGUUAUUUAAGACUUUGCGUAUUAACUGUUACGCUGGGAUUACUCGCUUUCCAGUAUUCCGGCUUUAUUGAAAAUGUUCGAGAUUUAAGUGAGAAUUAUCGCGGUAUGCUGAUCGCAAUAACGAGUGCCUUUGCCAGUGUCCUGGGCGCAGCAGUGCCCCUGGUCACUGGAAUAAUUCUCCGAAAUCACCAGAAUGAAACGGACGCAUGGCGUGUGGUGUUCUGUUGUAUGGCGGGUUUGUACGGAGUAUGCAGCACGGCGGGGGGCGCGGCGGGGGGCGCAGGGUUUGCGCUGUGGGACCGCACCGGGGGUCGAGACUUCGCCUAUCACAACACUGGCCUCAGUCCCGAGGAUGCUAGUCAAUUGGAACUGCUGGAUAUGUACCCGAAGAAGCCGAUGGCGGCAACACCGAGCGAAACUAUUUCCUGACCUAAAUAUAUUCGUACUCGUUUUUACUAAUGUUUUGAACUUCGUCGAUAUUGUUAUAGUUUUUACUACUUAAGGAAACACAUUAUAAUA